CACCACACAAUCACUCCACCCUCCCACGUGCGAGUCCCCCACAAAAACUCGCACACCAAUUUUAAAGCCUCUAUCCUUUCCCACCAAAGUUUCAAUACAUACAGUUUUGAUAGCUAAGGUGUCCGCGCCUUGAAAGGUACGGAUCAAUUUACGCGCAAAGUUUCAAUACAGUUAAAAAGAGAGAAAUAAUGGGGUGUGCAUCGUCGAAACGAAUUGAUGUUGCCGUGGAUGUAUACCGUCCGCCGCCGUCGAGUUUUGCGGUAUUCGACAUCAACGCCAUUCAGGAGCCAUGGAUUAUGGUGGACGAUACGCAGGAGCAACACGAUGGGAAAACCCAGAUCGUGCCGGACCCGAUUCUCGAGAAGCUCAACAAGCUCGAAUCCGACGGUCCACAACCGUGGGAUGAAGUAAGCAAAGCGUUGGAGGAUCUCAAGCCCACUCUAACUGAUCCUACACCCUCCCCACCAAAUCCUAACCCCGUAUCCUCCCCAGUUAACACUCCGGCGCAAGAUAGCACAGUUGCGGAGAAAUUCCAAGCCCCACGUAAGAACAACUCUUUUCGCACGGUUGAAGAACUCGACACCAAACUCACUUCCAAACCCACCGAGUUGAAGAAAACUCAGUCGGCUCGGACAGAGUUGGGAAAAAACGAACGAGUCAAGACCGAGUUGAGGAAGACCCAUUCGGUCAAGCCCGAGUCACGAACUGGGUCAUCACCGGCGGCAGCGGCAGCCGAGUCCGCGGUGAUCAAGCCGGUGAGAGAGAAUAUUUUCGUAUUGAAAGACAGGUUAGAGAGAGAGAAGGAAGGGAAGGGCCCACCGGUGAAGUGGGACCCUCUGAGGGACUACCCGGAGAAGUGUCCCCCGGGCGGGUCCGACGCGGUGGUGCUCUACACGACGUCGCUGGGAGGGGUGCGAAAGACCUACGAGGACUCGAACCGAGUCAGGGCGAUACUGGAGACUCACCGGGUCGUGUUCGACGAGCGCGACGUGGCGCUGCACGGCGGGUUCUUGGCCGAGCUGAGGGAGCUGCUGGCGGGGGAAGAAAAGGUGGGGGUGCCGAGGUUGUUUGUUAAGGGGAGGUACGUGGGGGGAGCGGAUGAGGUGGUGGGUUUGAACGAGACGGGUCGACUCGGGCGGCUGAUGAGUUGGGCGAGGGUAGAGAGAGGGGUGGUGGGCUGCGGCGGUUGCGGUGGCGCUAGGUUUGUGCCGUGUUUGGAGUGCGGUGGGAGUUGUAAGGUGGUGGUUGGCGGUGAGAGAGAGAGGUGUUCGGAGUGUAAUGAGAAUGGGUUGAUGCUUUGUCCUGCUUGUCACUGAGGAGCUCAGCUCAAAUCACUCUAUUCGAAAACAAAAAGACUAGCAACACAUUUUCUGAAUUUGCAUAGAUUCAACAGCUUUGAACGUACUUGUGUUCGAAAUUAUGCUUUAAAGUUGUGUUCAUAUCAUUGCUCGAUCGAAAAUGCCUCCCUACUUAUCUUUUCAUGUACUAAUUUUAGUCUGGGGAGAAUGUAUAGCACAAAAGUUUUUUUUUUUAUUACUAGUCAUGUUACAAACAUGUACAAUAUUAUGCACGUGUUAAGGUGGCAUUGCUUCAUUAUGUACUGAAAAAUGCUUUUUG